GCCGUUCGUUCGCGAACGACCCAUCACUGCCACUUUGUACCCUUCAGGAGUUUCUGCUUUUCAAAACGUGGUGUAGGAAUAUUCGUCAAAUUGUCUUUGCAGAGGACACGGGUCUGUAAACAUUCUGUUUGGCAGAAUAUCCCGGGAGUGCACAACGCUGGCGAAAAUGGAGGGGUUUCUACAGAGAUGUAGUGCUGCAUUAAAGGGCAGUUCGGAGGGCAGCUCUGGGAUCCACGUUGUCCUUGGCAACGAGGCCUGUGACCUCGACUCCAUGGUGUCGUCCCUCGCCUUCGCCUACUUUCUAUCCACAACGUCUGGCAGCUCGUGUAAGACUGUGGUACCAGUGCUGAACAUCCCGAGGGCCGAGUUCCCCCUACGUUUAGACAACGUGUUCCUGCUGAAGGAGAGCGGUGUUCCAUCAGAGGCUCUGGUGUUCCGUGACGAGGUGGACCUGGCAGGGCUCCAUAGAGCCAAGAGGCUGGUUCUCUCCCUAGUGGACCACAACGUGCUUCCUAGUGCCGACAUUGACUUGGAGGAGGCAGUUGUGGAAGUCAUUGAUCACCACCACCUCGAGAGGACACCCUCCACUUCCUGUUUGGUCACCAUGGAAACCGUGGGUUCCUGUGCCACCUUGGUGACAGAGUACAUUCACCACAAGGCACCUGAAGUGCUAGACAGACAGGUGGCCCAAUUAUUAUACGGGGCCAUUGUGCUGGAUUGUGUCAACAUGGCCCCAGAGGCGGGCAAGGUCACACCCAAGGACAGCCUUCUGGCCUGCCUACUGGAGUCGCGCUUCCCAGACCUGCCACCCAGGGGUGCCCUCUUCCAGUCCCUACAGAGCGCCAAGUUUGACAUCUCAGGUCUUUCUACAGAGCAGAUCCUGCUGAAAGACACGAAGGCUGUCUCCGAAGGCGACCUGAGACUGGCAGUCAGCGCUGUGUACAUGACACUAGAUAUGUUCCUACAGCGGAAGAGCCUACAACGGGAGCUUUGUGAGUUCUGUCACAAACAUCGUUGUGGUGCGGUGGUCGUCAUGACAAUCUCUUUCAAUGAAUGCAGCGAGCCCCAUCGGCAGCUGGCGGUCUACAGCUCCAGCACCCUCUAUAGGGAGGAGGUGAGCCAAGCAUUAGAAAAGGCCCGGAACCCCUAUCUGUGCAUCUCUCCAAUGAGCAGCCCCUUCAACGACAUCAAGUCCUAUUUCCAAGGCAAUGCGCUGGCCUCCCGCAAGAAAGUGCUACCUAUCCUCAAGGACUUCCUGAAGGAGUGGGACAAGAAGCAAGUGCAUUGCGGGGAGACGGAGGACUUUGAGGAGCUGGACAACCACUUUGACCCCAUGGGGUCGCCUGGUAUCGACGGAGACUCCCGCCCCCGCUGCUUCUCGGCCUCUCGGCACCACCGUCGCCGCCUGUUGGGCGCCGAGGACUCUGGGAUGGAGGAAGACUUCCAGGUGCCGGCCACACCCAUGAACAGUCUGGUGGAGGGCUGUCCACUGGACGCCGGCCUGCCCCAGAUCAGCGCGGAAGCCAUUUUGGAGAAGUUCAGCUGCAUGGUAGGGGAAGCAGGGGGUAAUAAAGAUAUCAGCUGGCCAGGUGAUCAAUAAACUUCUGUUGAUGCCUUUAAAUCCUAAUGCCCCUGGCUCUCUGUCCGCGUGCACUUCAACCCAACCAAAAGACUAUAAGGAGUGUUCAAACUCAGAAGCAUAUCAAUCAAUUGUAUGUUUCAUAAAGGACAUCUCAUAGCGGAUUAUAAUGACAAUCAAAGGGGCCAUGUACAGUAACGCAC